CGGAAAUUGAAAAUGACAUUAACCAAGAUGGCGCUGGGAGACAGAGAAAAGUGAUGGGAGAAUAGAACAACAAGCGAUACAACUACAUAACAGUGCGCACUUGCUUUCUGUGUGCGAUUAUUCAACCCGGGCGUCUAUCUUUCCACCGGGCAGAUUUAAAACAACCGCUAAGAGCCCACAUUGGUCUACGAAGAAGUAAUUAUCAGGCGUACUGUUUGCUAACUAGCUGCUAAAGUAGCUAGCGUGGCUAACGUUAGCUAACUGCGGAAGGCGAGAAGGUAAGCAGGCAGCUCGAAGUACAAGCCGACAAUUCAAGCGGAGUCGUCAAAAACUAGCGACAUCUCUUUGAAAUACUUCGGUUAGCCGCACAGUUUGCAGGCCACAACAAAUCACCUGAACUAGAGACCCGUGAGGCAACUAGAUCUCUGAUAAGGAAGGCUGAAAAAGACGAGGAAAGGCGUCAUCUUUGCUGAUUUGACGCCAUGGCUCAUUCCCCUAUUCAGAGUGGACUGCCGGGGAUUCAGAAUUUCCGAGCAGAUCCAGAGGAGCUUUUUACGAAGCUGGAGAGGAUAGGCAAAGGCUCUUUUGGUGAAGUUUUUAAAGGCAUCGACAAUCGGACUCAGAAAGUUGUGGCUAUUAAAAUUAUUGAUCUGGAAGAGGCAGAGGAUGAAAUAGAAGACAUUCAACAGGAAAUAACAGUUCUCAGCCAGUGUGACAGUCCCUUUAUCACCAAGUAUUUUGGAUCCUAUCUUAAGGGUACAAAGUUAUGGAUUAUUAUGGAAUAUUUGGGUGGAGGAUCAGCUCUUGAUUUGUUGGAACCAGGUGCCCUUGAUGAAACACAGAUUGCCACAAUCCUGAGAGAGAUUCUGAAGGGGCUUGAGUACUUGCACUCUGAAAAGAAAAUCCACCGAGAUAUAAAAGCCGCUAAUGUGCUGCUGUCGGAGCAAGGCGAUGUUAAGCUGGCCGACUUCGGAGUGGCAGGCCAGCUGACGGACACUCAAAUAAAAAGGAACACAUUUGUUGGUACUCCAUUCUGGAUGGCGCCUGAAGUCAUUAAACAAUCUGCAUAUGAUUCAAAGGCCGACAUCUGGUCAUUAGGAAUAACAGCAAUAGAACUGGCUAAAGGAGAACCGCCCCACUCUGAACUUCAUCCUAUGAAGGUCUUGUUCCUUAUCCCAAAGAACAAUCCACCCACACUGGAAGGAAACUUCAGUAAACCACUUAAAGAAUUUGUUGAAGCCUGUUUAAAUAAGGAGCCUAGCUUUAGGCCUACUGCCAAAGAGCUGUUAAAACACAAGUUCAUAGUAAGGCAUGCCAAAAAGACGUCCUAUCUGACGGAGCUGAUCGACAGAUACAAGAGGUGGAAAGCUGAGCAGUCCCGGGAUGAGUCCAGCUCUGGUGAAUCUGAUGAGGAGCCCGAUGGACAGGCAUCUGGAGGCAAUGACACUAGCAAAGAAGACUGGAUCUUCUAUACCAUCAAGGACCCAAAAAAGGUUCAGAACGGGGCGGCCCAGCCUGCAGAGCUGGAAAAAAAUCAGGUGCAAGAGAGUCCAAAGAGGCCUUUGUCUCAGAGCUUAUCAGCCAUCUUUUCACCAGUGUUUUCAGAGUUGAAAGAAAAAGGUGAGACAAGUAAUGGCAAGCCAGAGACUGCGGAGAGGCUGCGGGAGGCCCUUUUCAAGGCAGAGGAGACACACCCAGGGAUCUGUGACUCCCUGGUAGCUGAACUAGUGCAGAGGCUUCAGAGGUUUUCUCUGCCUCACACUGCAGCUACUCAGUGAGAAGAUCCAGAGCCAGAUCCAGCUCUGGACUCAUUUCCCACCCUGGUGGCAGCAGUCAGAUCUUUCGCUCUGACCUCCACAGCUGGGAUGAAGUCUCCCAGGAAGGUCUCCAUCACUCAUUUGCCUGAAGCAAAUCCUGGCCUACUUAUUGUCUGUUUAUACGCUAGCACACCACCAGAGGGUCCUGUUCAGGACAGUCAGUGGUCAGCCGGUCAGCUGACACCACGGCUGCCACCUGCUGUAAGAUGUCCCUUCUCAGUACCUCCUUCACAGCUGUUUUAAUUUUGAGGCUGAAGUUUGCUAUUUUUCUGCAAGGACUCAGAAUCUUUGGCUUUGGUUGGAUUGUGACUUAUUUGCAAAGGUUUACACUCGGCAAUCCUUUUGGAGAAAGUACCUUGCUUAUUAAUCGUGUGAAUGCGUGCGUGGCUGUGUCAGAUGUGUGAAGAGUGAGACGUGGGUUGAAGCGUUCUAUUGAAAACUCAGGUAUCCUGCUUUAUGUGGAUUGAGUCCUCUGGGAGAUGGAAGGAGCUCUUUUGGGUGGUUGUACAGACUUGUAAAUAAGUUAAUUUCUACAGAUUCAUGAACAAAUUAAGCGUUUGUAAUGGAACCACUGUGUACAAAUGGCCAAAUGCAAACUGUAGAUAAUGGUUGUGCGGUAAAUAUUUUGAGACAAAAAUGGCCAUAAAUGAGAUUGCCUUGCCUUUGUACUUCUUUUGUAUAUCAGUCUUUGAUUUCAACAGUUGUAAAAAAUUUUAAGUACUCAUCUAGGGAAUGAGAAUGGCUGCCCUCUAUCAUGUUUUACAUUUGAUUAAUAAUGUAUUUCUUAAUUCUCUCUGACUUGUUGGUUUCACACUCUGUGCUGGGACUUUAGUUAUGUUGGAGAAUGUAAAAAAAAAAAAAAUGGCUGGAUCAAUCAAGCCCCUACCAGUUUGAGACACUGGAUCCUCCGAUGCCAGCCCUGAUUCCACACGGCUUCAAGUUGGGAUGGUGUGGUGGACUUUGCCUCAUCUUGUUCCUUUUUUUUUCUCUUUUUUUUUUUUUUUUUUCUUUUUACGUGUGCUUUUGAUUUGUGAGAUAAACUGAGGUUUUGUCCAUUCAUUCCAUUAACAGGGCAGUGCCAUCAUCUACUUUGUAAAUCGGCAGACUCUCUUAGUCUUCCUAGGAGCUGCAGUGGUACUAUCUAUCUCCUCAGCGUACCAACAGCUUUAAUUGCACUUCAAGUAUAAAUGCCUUUGACUAUAAAACAAAGUAGCCAUAAAACAGUAGCACGAGACUUAUUUCGCAGGUAUGCACCCGCUAUCUGAGACGAGGAAAAGAAAAAAAUAAAAUAUCCAUCUGAAGUCUCACGUCUUGGACUCUGGAGUUUGGUCAUGCAGUGUAAUAUUUGCCUGGCUGCGUUUUAACAUUUUUGCGAUUGAAGAUGCAGGCGAGAAGUUUUUCAGCUGUACAGUGAAUGCGUAGACGACACUGCUCUCAGAUGUACAUACUAACAUAAAGCCAGGAGGUGUUAACACGAGUCCGGCAGCACUGCUACUACUUCUGACUGUAGUUGAAACGGAAUGUGCUUGAUAGCAGAACAGUAUAAAACCUAUGGGUCGGCCUGGGGUUGGGGGGUAUGUGUUUUAGCAUACCCCUACAGGCCUGGAAGAAUGUUGAGUCCUGAGCAGAGUUGAAUCAGCCUUAGAGUAUUUGUGAUGAGUGGUAUGAAUGGUAUCAGCUUUAAAAUGUUUGAUCAGAUGUCUUUUUUUUUUUUUUUUAAUGAUUUCCUUUUCUUUUCUGGCAUUAAAAUGCAUAUGCAGCAAUACUUUGAAAACAAAAAAUACUUCUUUUUCUUUCAUUCCUCGCCAGAACAAUGAACACACGAACAAUUGUCUCAGAAGAGAGGAGUUUCCAGGGUGCAGAUUUUUGUUUUGUUUUGUUUUGUUUUUUUGUUUUUGCCUCGCUAUAGAGCACACAGGGCACAUUCGGACAUGUUGGAACACUCUUUUUCUCAUUUUUCUGUAAUGCAUUGCUGCUUAUGAUAGAAUACACAGUGUAAUUAUUAUGACAAGUUGUUCAAAUGAAUAGGCAGAAUAUUUGUUGAAUCAAAAAAAAAAGGUACCAGACUUGUAUCAAACAGUGCUGCAUCAGUUAUUUCCAUUCUUUUACUCUGUUAUUGUUUGAUAUUGUUUAUGUUUUCUGCUCUUUGGGAAAAAAAAAAAAAAAAUCAAACUUUACAUGUGAAAUGUGCCAUGUAAACCCUCUCCUCCAAACGGAUACAAGUUU